AUGCGCGCCAUAGUUCCGCGCCGACGGCGCCGCAAGUUACAGCUUCUGACGCUCUCUGUAGCCCUCGCAAAGCCCGGAAACGCGUUGGUGUUCGGCUUGUCCGCCAGUAGCGACGUUCUGGCGCGCUGCGAGAGCCUCCAGAGCAACACCGCAGCGCUCACAACCCCCAGUGAGAUAGACAUCCCCAGCGACGUGGCAGCCACGCUGUCCGCGUCCUCUAAUUCGGUCUGGAGCGACCUGGACGACGUCGCCAAGGUGGGGUUGCUGUGGGCGCACGGUUACGUCUUCUCGGGCGGCUCCAGCAACGGCGACAAGGCUGGAGACGCUCUGGUUCAAGUCUACACUCGCUGUAGUGAUGGCUCGGCAACGGGCGUGGACAUGGCGGACCUGGGCGUCUCGUACGACGACUUUACCGGUCCAGGAAGCGGCUGUGAGGCUGCGACCUGUGGCUCGUACUACCAGGCCACUAACGCCAACUGCGUGGCCAAUGUGACGAGUUUUAUUCAGUGCGCAGUGGAUGGGGCGUCUUCUGCGCUGCCGACAGCUACGGAGGUGUCGUUCUGGUCCUCCGUCACGUCUUCCAGUACGAUCCCGUACCCACAAGUGUACGAACACAGCAUCACGUUGACUGACGCGACAGCGCUGCAGGUAUACUCGAUCCACAUGCGGAACAGUGACUCGGGCGUAGUAUGUGGCAAUACGCUGGAUACGAUCAUCCCGUGCUUGAGACUGGAGGACGUGGCGACAUCUGGAACGACUUCAACCAGCGGGACGUCCGGAUGGUGCAGACCGACAGUUGAUGCGGAUAAAGUCAAGAGCUUCCUGGCUGCAGUGACCACAGUGCAGGUGAACAAGCAGUCGGACGAGAGUGAGACUUCGGACAGUGGAAGUGACUCGGGGUUGCUAUUGGGCGUGGCGAUCGGCGGUGGCGUUCUCCUCAUCGUCGUGAUAUUUAUCGCGUGCUGUUGCUGCCGGAGGAGGAGGAUGCAGAGAGAGGAACAACCGUCCGAGACUGCAGCUAUUGGGACGGCGCGUGCACCGAAUGAGACCGCAAGCGCCACGCGAUCAGAUCUGGGCUUCAUUCCUCGGGUGAUCGGUCGACGCGGGAAGAACAGCGACAGUGGCAGCGACACCUCGUCGAACGCCGCCACGAACGUGAACGUGCAGACAAACCGCGGUCGACGGUCCUCUUGGUACACUUUCGGCAACGCGAGUAACCGCGAGUCCUCAGCGUACGGGCGCCGCUCGUCUAUGGCUGGGUCGUGGGUGGGGGCUGCGGGUGGCGGCAAAACUGUGAGCGAGUACUGCAACGAGUCCGAGACUCUGACGGAGUUUAUGCAGGACCCGGAGGUGUUCACGAAGCGCAUCGCCUUCGACGAGCUGACCUUCUUGCGGAUGCUGUCGAAGGGAGCUUACGGCGAGGUGUGGCUUGGCCAACUGGAGACGCGUCACGUUGCCAUCAAGCGGUUGCUACCGGAGAAAUGCCAGUUCACAACCAGCUUGGAGCAGUUCGCGGGCGAGAUCCAACUCAUGUGCACCCUGCAGCACCGCAACAUCGUGUCGUUCGUGGGCGUGAGCUGGAAUCGACUACAGAAUCUGUGCGCUGUGGUGGAGUAUAUGGACGCGGGCGACCUGGAGGAAGUGCUGAAGAAGAACCGAGAGAAGUUCACGUGGCAGCGCGAGAAGAUCUCGAUCGCGAUGGAUAUAGCGGAAGGCUUAGUCUACCUGCACUGUUUACGGCCCAUUGUGGUGCACCGCGACCUCAAGUCCAAGAACGUGCUGCUGAACCGCAAGUUCCACGCCAAACUGAGCGACUUCGGGGUUAGCCGCAAGACUCACGUGAACGAGACCAUGACGUCGGGCGUCGGCACCCUGUUGUGGACAGCACCGGAGAUCAUCGAGGGCAAGAAAUACUCGGAGAAGGCGGAUAUCUACUCGCUGGGGGUCGUGCUGUCCGAGAUGGACACGUGCGAGCAACCGUUCUCCGACGUGACUUCGGACAAGGGCGAGCGGCUGCCAGGCAUGCAACUCGCUCAGCUCGUGCGGCUGGGCAAGAUCCGCGUGUCGCUGCGGGAGGACUGUCCGCCGAAUCUCCGCAAGCUGGUAAUGGACUGCACGCAGUUGGACCCGGACGCACGACCAAGCUCGAUGCAAGUGGCCUUCACUCUCAAGAGUAUCAUCGCACCGACGCUGCGUAUGUCGUCGACGACAACCACGACAGGCUCGACGUCUUCCUCAACUGGUUUCCCAUCCAGCGACCAAGCUGCCCAAGUUGCUACCGUGGAGGGCGCUGCCCACCCCGACAUCGACACUAAACCUUCGCUUCGUGGACUCAAGUCGACAGAGGUCACCGAAGAGAGGGGAAUGACGGAACUCUUCGAGAAGAUCAAGGCGUGGCUUCAGCGCGCCAAAAAGUGGAUCGCCAGCUCCAAGACGGUGCAGGGGGCGAAGGACGAUGUGCGGGCGUUGGCUCAAAAGAGGCGCGCUGCUACGGCCUCCAACCUUGUCAAGAAGGACGCCACGAAUGACAUGCUGCUCAAGAACAAGGUCACUCCGGACGAGUAUUUCCUGGCCAAGGGGCUCAACUCCAAGGUGAAAGAUUUCAGUGACGUACCGGAGGUGCUGGAAAAGAACCCCGGGCUGAAGGAGUGGGUUGCGUACGUGAAGUACUGGGACGAGAUGGCAUACAAGGCUCCGGUCUAG